AUGAUGCGUCAGGCCAUCAGCUGGAUUCCCUUUUUCCUAGUAGUUGUUGUAAUGGGUUUAAAUUUUAUCAAGAAUAAAUGGAAGAAUGAAGGGGAUGCAGCCCAGAAGAAGCAGCUUCCACCAGGGCCGCGGAAGCUUCCCAUCAUUGGGAAUAUGCACCAAUUGAUGGGUUCAGUUCCACAUCGCGCUCUUUGGAAUUUGGCACGAAAACAUGGAGAUUUGAUGCACCUUCAGCUCGGCGAAAUCUCGACGAUUGUCGCUUCAUCUCCCAGCACAGCGGAAGCGAUUCUGAAAACUCACGAUCUGGCUUUCGCGAAUAAGCCGAAUUUGCUCGUCGCGGAGAUCAUGUUGUACAAUGGUCUGGACAUGGGAUUUGCUCCACAUGGUUAUUACUGGAGAGAAAUACGUAAAAUAUGUACUGUGGAACUUCUUGGCGACAAAAAUGUCCGAUCACUAAGCUCGAUUCGGCAAGACAAGGUUGCGAAACUGGUUUCAUCGAUUCGCGAUGAAGUCCCGCUUCAAUCGAGACAGGGCAUAAAUGUCACCGAGAAAAUAUUCUCUUACACAAGUUCCAUGGUUUAUAAAGCUGUAUUUGGUCAAGCAUUUGGACGGCAUCGAGAGGAACUCCAGAAGCUGAUGAAGGAAGUAUUAUUGCACGCGAGUGGGCUUGAUGUUGCUGAUGUUUUUCCAUCCUGGAAAAUCCUUCAUUACUUAAGCUCCAAGCCCAAGUUGUUGGAGCUGCACAAAAAGCUUGAUAAAACUUUGGACACCAUAAUUCAAGAACACGUUGAGAACCCAACUGGCAAGAAUGGUGAAUUUGGACAAGAAGAUCUUAUUGAUGUUCUUCUACGGAUCAAACAAAACGGAACUAGUGGCGAGCUUCGUUUCCCAAUUACCAACACAAAUAUCAAGGCUAUAUUGCUGGAUAUGUUUAUUGCUGGAACUGAAACUUCAUCCGCCGUAGUGGAUUGGGCAAUGGCAGAGAUGAUAAGAAAUCGAGCUGUGCUGGCACGGGCUCAAAGUGAAAUCAGGAAAUCAUUACUCUUGUUGGGAAAAGAAACCAUUGAAGAAAAUGAUGUCCAAAGAUUGAGUUAUUUGCAGGCAGUAAUUAAGGAAACUUUAAGACUACAUCCUCCCACACCUCUGUUGAUGCCAAGGAACAGUAGAGAGCAGUGCAAAAUUGAGGGAUAUAUCAUCCCUCCCAAUACCAGAGCUAUGGUUAAUGUUUGGGCAAUCGGAAGAGAUCCUAGGUAUUGGGAUGACUCCGAAAGUUUCCGACCCGAAAGAUUUGAGGAAAAAUAUGUUGAUUUUGUAGGCACUAAUUAUGAGUAUUUACCGUUUGGUGCUGGGAGGAGAAGUUGUCCAGGAACUUCAUUCGGCUUAGCUAACGUGGAAGUUCCGUUAGCUAAUCUCUUAUACUAUUUUGACUGGAAACUCCCAGAUGGUAUCAAAAGUAUUGAUAAUGACAUGACAGAGACCAAUGGAAUAACUGCAUCAAGGAAAAAUAGUCUUUUCUUAGUUGCUUCCAUGGAUAAGCUAUUUCCUAUGGCUGACAUUGUAACCCCAAAUCUAAAAGAGGCAUCCGCUUUGUUUGGUGGUAUGCUGUUGGAAUCACUUGCAGACAUGCGUACUGCUGCCAAAUCUAUACAUGAUUUUGGCCCGAAAGGGCUGAAUUUAGUCACUUACUGCAGAUAUGUGCUUGUCAAAGGAGGUGAUCUCCUGGUAUUGUCAGAUGCUGUUGAUGUUUUAUAUGAUGGUUACAAUCCUUGGAGAAUUGACUCCAUGGAGACAACUCUUGAUCAUUUUACUAUUGAGAAAAUGGCAAGUGCAAAGGACAUAAGUAUCAAGACCAAUGUCAUUAUGGAUAUGCUUAAUGAUUUAGCGAAAAAAAACAAGUUCCUCAAAGUGAAGAUAAGAAAGACUGAAAAGGAUGAAUGCUUGACUGCACAUGACAACAUUAGUAAGAGUGAAAAAAUGUUGCGAACAUCUAGAGCUGACUCGGCUGCUGCGUCGUUGAAUGAUGAAUCACAAGGAAAGUCAUCAAAAUCAUUCUCCAACUCUCUGGUAGAGGAAACACUUAAUACUGCAUCUUCAGAUCAAAAUGAAAUGGGCAUUUCCAACAGUGCAGAAAAUAGCAAUAAUCUGGACUCAAAUAUGGAGGAUAAUAAUCUGAUCAAGGCGCGAAAGAGUAGCAGAAUGUACAUAGUCAUGGCGAUGUUGAUAGUCUUACUAGCAGGAUUAGCAGCUUAUUUCUUGAACUCAAAUCAUGCACCCUUCCAGUUCUUAGAUGCUUAUAACCCUUUGGUCUUUUAG